AGCUCCAUGUGACAUAUUUUCACUGAGACAAUUUGGAGUGCUGCUUGAAUAGGAAACUCAAUUUUGUGAAGAUGAAGUUAGGGGUGACGGUGAUACUAACACUGUUGGUGAUUGCCGUUGAUGGUUGUCAGUGCAAGGUUGUGCAGUUCAUCUUUGGGGACUCGCUGUCCGACGUCGGAAACAACAUGUACCUCUCGAGGAGUUUUGCUAAGGCAAACCUUCCCUGGUACGGUAUCGACUUUGGCAAUGGAAUGCCCAAUGGCAGGUUCACUAAUGGUCGCACUGUUGCUGAUAUAAUAGGUGACAAAACGGGUCUCCCGAGGCCACCGGCGUUUCUAGACCCAUCUUUAACGGAAGACAUGAUACUGGAAAAUGGAGUAAAUUACGCAUCUGGAGGUGGUGGGAUCUUGAAUGAAACUGGGAGUUACUUUAUUCAAAGGUUCUGUCUUAGUAAGCAAAUUGAGCUAUUUCAAGGAACACAAGUCAUGAUAACAAACAAAAUAGGCAAAGCCGCAGCAGACAAGUUCUUUCAACAGUCUCGAUACGUCGUUGCUUUGGGGAGCAAUGAUUUCAUUAACAAUUACUUGCUACCAGUGUAUGGAGAUUCAUGGAGUUACUCCGAUGCAGGCUUCAUCAAAUACUUAAUGCAGACACUCCAAGAACAACUCACGCUUCUGCAUCGUUUAGGGGCACGGCAGCUGAUGGUUUUUGGGCUAGGACCCAUGGGCUGUAUUCCCCUUCAAAGGGUCCUUAGUACAUCUGGGGACUGUCAAGAAAAAACAAACAAACUUGCUAUUGGCUUCAAUCAAGCUGCAAGCAAGCUCUUGGAAAAUUUGUCAAGCAGUCUCCCCAAUGCAAGCUUCAAAUUUGGAGAUGCCUAUGACGUUGUCAGCAAUGUCAUUAAAAAUCCGUAUAAGUAUGGAUUCAAUAACUCGGAUGCUCCGUGCUGCUCAUUUGGACGGAUACGCCCUGCUCUCACGUGCAUUCCAGCAUCAACUCUGUGUAAAGAUAGAAGCCAAUAUGUAUUUUGGGAUGAGUACCAUCCAUCUGACAGUGCUAACCAGAUGAUUGCAGAUGAGAUCAUCAAGAAACUUGGAUUUUUGAGUGUUAACCCAACAAGUGCUCCUUCCCCCGCCCCUGACCCUGCCAUUGCCCCAUCUCCAGAGGGUUAAUAGAUGGUUUCCAAUGCUAAAGUUGGUAUAAAUAUAUACGAGGGUAGCAAAUAAUUGAUAUCAAGUCUGAAGUUAUGGUUUUCCGAUGUGUUGAAAAUUUUGUGCAAGACAGUUAGUAUGCAUUUGAUAGUAAUAGUACUCCAUUGUUUCUUCCUCCUACCAGUUUGAACUUUGAAUCAUUUGAUCAUUGAG